GCUGAGGGGGAAAACAAACCGGCUUCCACAAUGCCCAGGAGCUGCAGUGUGCCCUUUUGUACAACUAACAAGCUUAAAAAUCCAAGUCUAAAAUUUUAUAUUUUGCCCAACGGGAGCACAGAGCCCAGGAGAAGAACCCGGUGGCUUCAAGCGAUCCGUCGGGAGGAUGAGUUAGGCCACCUGUGGGAUCCAAAAUCCAAACAUGUGUACGUCUGUAGUCAGCACUUCAUUACAGGCUUAAAAAACGAGGACAUAGCCCACCCAGACUACACACCCUCGCUGUUCCCACAUAAAAAGACAAAGUCUCCCAGGUCAGUACUUCAGAGGCUGGAGAGAAGGAGGAAGCGUGAGGGUGUUCAGUCUGCCCAACCAGAAUCCCCAACAUCAGAAGCUCCCAUACCUCUUCAGGAGUUAGAGAGAAAACAACUUUAUGAAGAAUUGUAUAAUUUAAGAAGAGAAAGAGAUGAGGCCAUGAAGGAGCGAGCUGAAGCCAUCAGAUAAUUGGAGACGUUGAAAAUGUCGGUAAACACUGAGAGAAAAUGACACUAA